AUGAUUGUUAUGAUUGAUAUUGGUGCAAAACAUUUGUUUGUAUCUCUUGAUUGUGUCAACAAGUUGAAUCUUGAAGUGUCUUAUAUGAUUGAAAAUAUGGUCAUUGAUACCCCAAUAAAUGGUUCGGUAACUACUUCAUUGGUGUGUUUGAAUUGUCCUUUGACCAUUUAUAGUAAAGACUUUGGAGUUGACUUGAUUUGUUUGCCUUUGAGUGAACUUUAUGUGAUUUUGGGGAUGAACUGGCUAGAGUUCAAUCGUGUUUAUAUCAAUUGUUUUGACAAGACUAUGUUGUUUCCCGAACUCGAACAGAGUACAUAUUCGAGAUUCAUGUCCGCCCGUCAGGCUGAGAUGUCUUUGAGGGAGUAUGAUCAAGUGCUCGUGAUUUUUGCUUCUUUGAGAAUUGAGAGUAAUAUUCUGGCUAGUGUUAUGCCUAUGGUGUGUGAGUUUCCAGAUGUUUUUCCUGAGGAUAUUUGUGACAUGCCACCGGAGCAAGAACUUGAGUUCGCCAUAGAUUUAGUACCUGGUACUAGACCUAUGUCAUGA